AUGGGCAACUCGGUCGAACCUUCCGGCAGACUGCUGUUGCAGCUCCUUAAUAUCGUCCUCACAGUCAGCGUCACCACACCAUGGGGCCAGGAUGACAUUCUUCUUGUUGAGCGUUGGCACAAAGUCCUUCCACUCGGUGACGAUCUUUCUGUGGGUGUCGAACUUGUCCUUGGCGUUUUGGUAAAGAGAUUGUUGGAUGGUUUCCAAAAGCUUUGGAAUGUCAGUCUUGAUAGAGUCCAGCGAAACAGAUACCUUUUCACCAGUGUCUCUUCUCACUGCCAGGGCAGAGUUCUUGGCCAAGUCCUUUGGACCAACCUCCAGUCUGAUUGGAACACCCUUAAGCUCCCAGUCGGAGAACUUCCAACCCGGAGAGUAGUUUGUUCUGAAAUCGGUGAUAGUACGCACCUCCGAGGCAGACAGCUGCUCCUUCAACUCGGAACAAGUCUUGUACAGCUUCUCUUCGACCUCCUUGGUGGUCUUGUUGGUAAUACCAACAGGAAUGAUCACGACCUGGUUCUGCGACACUCUUGGAGGAAUCACCAGUCCCUUGUUGUCGGAGUGGAUCAUCACCAUGACACCAAUGACUCUAGUAGACAGACCCCAAGAAGUCUGGUUAGCAAAAAUCUUUGGAUGCUCAGGACCAAGAGGGUUUUCCACAGAAAUGCCGAACAUCUUGGAGAAGUUCUGACCCAAGUGGUGAGAGGUAGCACCCUGAAUACCUCUUCCACUGGUUGGAAUGUAACCUUCACAUGUGGUGGUGUACAAUCCUCCAGCAAACUUCUCGUUCUCGGUCUUGACACCCUUUAUCACAGGAACAGCAACAUCUCUCCCUUGGUCAAGAUCUGUUGGUACCAGCCUGAAAAAUCAAGAUCUCUAUCAACGGUCACACCAAUGAGCUUGGCGUCGUCGAUCUUGGCGUCAGACUUGACCUCCUGUUUUGGCUCCUCCUUGGCGGCAAAGUCGACCACAGUAGGCUCGAAAGUGGCCAGGAACUCGUGGAUCUUUUCUCCAGUCAAAACAACCUUACCAGUGGAGUUGGACAAGUAG